CCCCAGACAGGGUUUCUUUGUGUAGCUCUGGCUGUCCUGGAACUCGCUCUGUAGACCAGGCUGGCCUCGAACUCACAGAGUUCCAUUUGCCUUUUCCUCUUGAGUGCUGGGAUUAAAGGUAUGCGCCAUCACCACCCAGCUUAAAGCAAUUUUUAAUGAGUGCAUAAAGUUAUGCUUUUUUAUAGGCUACCAUGCGAUGCUUUGAUACAUGUGUGCAUGAUAUGUGUAAAACUUUCCCCUGGGCUGAGAUGGAACCUAGAGCCUCAGGCCUGCUGGGCAGGUGCUCUCAUCUACAGUUGUCUCUACUCAGUAUUCAAGAGUGUGGAGAGGUGCUGCGUCUGAAAAUUCAGGGAGGGAUUGGCUGUGGGAGGAACAGCGAAGAUAUUGACGAGAUUUCCCUUAUGGAUUGUAGAACCAGUACACAGCAGAAGAGUACCAGGCUAUCCAGAGGGCUCUGAGGCAGAGGCUGGGCCCGGAGUACAUCAGCAGCCGCAUGGCUGGAGGAGGCCAGAAGGUGUGUUAUAUUGAAGGUCAUCGGGUAAUUAACCUGGCCAAUGAGAUGUUUGGUUACAAUGGCUGGGCGCACUCCAUCACCCAGCAGAAUGUGGAUUUUGUUGAUCUCAACAAUGGCAAAUUCUACGUGGGAGUCUGUGCAUUUGUAAGGGUGCAGUUAAAGGACGGUUCCUAUCAUGAGGACGUGGGUUAUGGAGUUAGUGAGGGCCUCAGGUCAAAGGCCUUGUCGCUGGAGAAGGCCCGGAAGGAGGCUGUGACUGAUGGGCUGAAACGGGCACUCAGGAGUUUUGGUAACGCACUUGGAAACUGCAUUCUGGACAAAGACUACCUGAGGUCACUCAAUAAGCUUCCACGACAGCUCCCUCUUGAAGUGGAUUUAACUAAAGCAAAGAGAGAAGAUUUUGAACCAUCUGUGGAACAGGCAAGAUAUAACAGCUGCCGACAGAAGGAAGCCCCGGGACCCCCAAAAGCACAAGAAGCAACUUCCCCUUGCAGACCAAGCCACCCACGCGAUUCAGACAUUAGGCUGCAGGGGGCUAAGGACUGCAGCAGCUCCUGCAGCCGUCUGGCCGCCGCCGUGGAGAGUGAUGCUGUUCACCAGCGGAAGCUCCGGAAGCUCCGGCAGAAGCAGCUGCAGCAGCAGUUCCGGCAGCAGAUGGGGUUGCCCCUGCAGGGCCACACACCUGCCGCAGAGGUGGAAGCUGAGUGUCAGGCUGUGCUUCCAGCCCCUCCUCCGGAACACAGUACCCCCCAAACUGCGACCUCAGAACUCCUCAGGGAGAGAGCCGCCUGCCCAGCUAACCCUGAAGACAACCUAGAAAUGUGGGACCUGACUCCAGAUUUAGAGGACAUCAUUAAGCCCUUGUCUAGACCAGAACCACCCCAAACCUCUGCCACCGGAGCCCUCAACAACCAGGUGAUCCAGGAUGGUGUCCUUUGCCACCAGAUGCCACCAGAAAAACCUGGAGCUGGGCACCUGCAGACCUGCAGCGGGCAUCUACAGACCUGCAGCACUCACCAGCAUGUACUAGGUAGCAGAGAUGUGUGAAGAACAAAAAUUAUGGGACACUCUGACUCUCAUAGGAAGAGCCAGGACCUGAAGAAAAGGAAACUUGAUCCAUCCUGAAGCUGGAUUCUGUCAUAAGAAGUUUGGAAAACUGCAGCUUGGUUACAAAAUUGUUCCCAAGGCUUUAUACCUUGGUUUAUUCUGAACUCAUUAGAGGACUUUAGAGCAUAUUAAUGGAGUACUUUAAAGAGGUUGUCAUGCCAUACCCUGUGAUGGGAGGGAGGCCAACAGAUAAGAUGCCUUUCCUUUGGCUCUGCAAGUUUUUCAGAACUAUUCACUCCCAAACUACUAUUAAGUACUAAGAGAUUUAGUUUUCAG